CGGCUUCUAGGGUUGUAUCGAUCGAUUUACGAGGAAGGAGAAAGCGGCUGCGGCGGUUUCGGCUUGGCGACGAUGGUGGUGGAGAAGGGAAGCAAAGGGAGGAAGGAGGAGGUGGUGACGAGGGAGUACACCAUUAACCUCCACAAGCGCCUUCAUGGAUGCACAUUCAAGAAGAAGGCCCCCAAGGCCAUCAAGGAGAUCAGGAAGUUUGCUCAGAAAGCUAUGGGGACGACCGAUGUGAGGGUGGAUGUGAAGUUGAACAAGCACAUCUGGAGCAGGGGGAUCCGCAGUGUUCCAAGGCGCAUUCGUGUGCGCAUCGCACGCAAGAGGAACGAGGAGGAGGAUGCCAAAGAAGAGCUAUACUCAUUGGUUACGGUGGCCGAUAUCCCGGCCGAAGGCUUGAAAGGUUUGGGAACCGUGGUCGUGGACGAAGCUGAUUGAUUGCCCCCCCUUAACAAAUCUCUAUCAAUCAAACAGUUGCAUUUUAUGUUUGUUUCUCAAUGUUUAUCUACUCACUGUUUAAUUUGUCAUGUUUUUUGGCAAACUUUUGUGACUUGUGUUCUCGAGUUCUCGUCGUUGCACUAUAAAUUUAUUAGAUGAAAUAUAUAUUAAAUAA